CUCAGAGACUGCACUGAUCAUUUAGCCUCAGUCAGUGUGUGUGUGUAGACUGUGCUGGCCAUUUUGUGGUUUCUCGAGUGGAUUUUUUUCUGGUUCCAUGAAGACUCCAGUUCUUCUGUGCGUCCUGCUCUUUUCUCAGAGCUGGGCUUUCGAGUUUAUCAUCGAUGGGGAGUGGGAAAGUGAAACAUCAGGUCCUUUGGAUCAGAACUACCAAUCUGGGAGAUACAGGAGGAGUGUUCUGACCAGUGGAGAAGAAGAGGAUUUUGAGGCAAUUCAAGGCAAUGACAUCACAGUUAAGAGCUAUAAGGUGGAGAGCAGAAUCACGUCGCGGUUCGCUCACACCACCGUCAAGAGCUCUGUGGUCAACUCAGGCCCCACUGCCCAGAGCAUCGGCUUCAACGUGCAGAUCCCCAAACGGGCCUUCAUUAACAACUUCACCAUGAAUGUCAAUGGGAUCACAUUCAUCGGCUCAGUGAAGGAGAAGACAGUGGCAAGAAACCUUUACGCUCAAGCAAGAGCUCGUGGGAAAGCAGCUGGCAUUGUCAGGACUAACUCUCAAGCAAUGGAGACGUUUAGGACGGAGGUGCAUGUUCCUCCAGGCAGCAAAGUGGAGUUUGAGCUGCACUAUCAGGAAAUGAUGCAGAGGAAGCUGGGUGUCUACCAGCACAUGCUACACUUACAACCUGGACGCCUGGUUCCACUGCUGCAGGUGGAUGUGUAUAUAUUUGAGCCCAAAGGUAUCAAGUUUGUCACGGCCACUAACACACUGGGAGAGCAAUUUGCAGAUUUGAGCAAAAUCACCCACACAAAAGAAAAAGCCCACAUUGUGUUCAAACCAACUCUGCAGCAGCAGCGCAAGUGUGAAAACUGCACAGAAAGCGCAGUGGAUGGUGUGUUUGCUGUGAAAUACGAUGUGGAGAGAGAGAGCAAUGCAGGAGAACUUCAGGUCUCUGAUGGUCAUUUCAUUCAAUUCUUUGCUCCAUCUGAUCUCUCUCCUCUCUCCAAAAACAUUGUUUUUGUCAUCGAUGUGAGUGGAAGCAUGUGGGGUCUGAAGAUGAAACAGACAGUGGAGGCGAUGAAGGCUAUUCUGGACGAUCUGUCGAUGGAUGACUAUUUCAGCAUCGUAGAUUUCAAUCACAAUGUCCGUUGCUGGAGUGAUGAUCUGGUCCAAGCUUCCUCCAUCCAGGUGGACGAAGCUAAAAAGUACGUCCAAAGCAUCAAGCCCAAUGGAGGCACCAACAUCAAUGAGGCUUUACUGAGAGCAGUCCAGAUGCUGGUUAGAGCGUCCAAUCAGGGACUGAUUGACCCUCGUUCUGUGUCUAUGGUCAUUCUGGUGUCUGAUGGAGACCCAACAGUGGGAGAAAUAAAGCUGAGCACUAUUCAGAAGAAUGUGAAGCGUGUGAUGAGGGAGGAGUUUUCUCUAUUCUCUCUCGGUAUUGGCUUUGACGUAGACUUUGACUUCUUGGAGCGAAUGGCCAUGGACAACAGAGGCGUCGCCCAGAGGAUUUAUGCCAAUCAUGAUGCCGCAGAACAGUUAAAGACAUUCUACAGUCAGGUCUCCUCUCCUCUCCUGAGGUCCAUCACCAUUCAUUUUGCUGAGAGCGCUGUGAAUAACGUGACUCAGAAUCGUUUUGAUAAGUUCUUCAGUGGUUCUGAGCUGAUAGUGGCUGGAAAACUCCAACCAUCAGACCUCACAACACUGCAAAGCUUCACCACCGCUGCUGCUGCCAACAUGGACCUGAACAUUCAGACAGAGGCAGAUAUUGGGGAGCUGGACUCUGUGCUCGGCACACAUCAACAUUCCUUCCCUGGCUUUGCUCGGCAGAUGUGGGCCUACAUUACUGUCAAUCAGCUACUGGCCGAACGCUCUCUAGCUCCUACUGCAGCUAAGAAGCGUAGGAUCACCCAGAGGAUCGUGGCCCUGGCUUUAGAGCAUCAGUUUGUGACGCCUCUCACUGCCAUGCUGGUGGAGGGUUACGACCAGGGAAGGGCAGAACGACUGAUCGCAGACUCACCCAGAGACUCCAAACAUGGCUGCUGCUCAGCCACUGCUCCCUUAUCUGGACCUCCGCCGGUGCAACAGUUGGUCUAUGCAAAUCCUCCAUGGCUUCUGUCUACAGUUGCUCCAAAUCCCAAAGAAGUUGCCGGAGUGCGUGACAGUAUCAUUCCUGGACACAUCACUGGUGUGGACAGUGAUCCCCACUUCAUCAUUCACUUACCCAAAAGCAACAUGGACAUCUGCUUCAACAUUGACUCCAGACCCGGACACAUCCUCAACCUGAUUUCAGAUCCUGGAAAAGGAGUUACAAUCAACGGUCAGUUGGUUGGGUCUAAGAAGAUGAAGAACAACAAAAUCCAAACAUAUUUCGGCACCAUCUCCAUAUACUCUAAAACAGACGGUGUGCAGGUUAUAGUAGGAACUGACAGAAUCGACCUGAUGGAAGGCAGGAACAAUCACUCCUUCUCUUGGGGAGCCACAGCUGAGCUUGCACUUUACAGGAUGAAGGUCACCAUAGUGAAAGAGCAACAUGUUACCGUGACGAUUGAUGGGAGGAUUUCUGUGAUGGUGCUUUUACAUCGGGUGUGGAAGAAGCAUCCUGUGCAGGUGGACUUCCUGGGCAUUUACAUGUCUAGCGACAACAAAUACUCCACACAGGUUCAUGGUCUCAUUGGUCAGUUUGCACAAGAACCAAAACUGAAGGUGUACGGCAUGCAUGAGGGAGCAGAUCCAAAGAAGAAGGAGGCCACAAUGGAAGUGAAAGGCAACAAAAUAGCUGUCACCAGGGGCUGGCAGAAGGAUUACAGACGUGACAAGAAGCGAGGUUCAGAUGUCUACUGCUGGUUUAUCCAUAACAGUGGGAAAGGCUUCAUUGAUGGCAGUUAUACCAGCUAUAUCCUGCCUCAGCUGGACAGCUUCCUGACCGCUAUCUGAGAGCAUGAGUGUGGCAGCUAGCUUAGGAUACUUGCUAAGAGAGAAAAAGAGGCUGAUUGGUAGAAAUCUGUUAUUUUAUACAAGCAAUAAGAAGCAUAGUAAACUGAAACAUGCCAUUUUGCCAUUUAAAAAAAGGUUUUUAAUACUACAAGAAAGUAUAUAUACAAAACAUAGGAAAACAGUGAUGCACAAUAACCGACUGAACUGAAAUUACUUAAAGCCAAUCAAAAACUAAUUAAUGUAUUAUAAGACUUCUGACUUGAGCGUUUGCAGUGAAACAUUUGAUCGAAAAUUUGAUUUAAUUAAAUAUUUUAAUCAUAUGCAACCAUUUUCAAUGACAACAGAGAUAACAAUGGACAAAAAAACAUAAUAAAAACCAUUGGUCAUUUUGUUCCAAUAUGUAAA